UCCGUAUCCCACUUCCGACAAUAUCUUCAUGGUACCCAUUUCGUUGUUAUAACCGAUCAUUCUGCACUCAAGUCCUUGCUUCGUCACAAGCUACAUCAUGGACGUCUUGCUCGCUGGAUUUUGGCCCUGCAGGAAUAUACCUUCACCAUCAUUCACCAUGCCGGAAAAUCUCAUUCUAACGCUGACAGUUUAUCCUGUAUUGCUGAAUCUUCUACUACAAAGCCUGCCGAUUUUUGA